UCCGGAUGUAUGUAUACGUACGGCGUCCAAAGGGUACCGCGGGCCGCAUGAAUUCGACCGAAUGAAGUUGUCGCGUGACACCCACCCAAACACCCCCAAAGUGACCGAGCUCAGUGAGCUGCUUGCUUGCUUGCUUGAAGGACGGGCUGAAGGAAGGAAGGGCCUGCGAACAAGCGCUUCAAAAAGGACCCGCACAGCCCUCGCUCGCUGCCCGCCCAGCCUUCUCACAGACAGGCCCCCUCUCAGGUCGCCUGCUGCCCUCCUGCCACCGCAGCACAACACUCACUGCAACACCCUUCCCCCAUCUACUCUCCUCCGCCUUCCUUCGCACCCCCUCUCAACAACUCCCCAACAAUGACAAUCUACGAAUCCCCCUUCCCCGCCAUCCCCAUCCCCGUAACAGACACCUACACCUACCUCUUUGGCCGGGACGACGCCUACAACCCCUCGCAAGAAGGAAACGACGCCGUGGUCCUCAUCGACAGCGUCACCGGCGCGACGCUUACCUUUGAUGCAUUGAGGAGCGCUGUGAGGGCGCUGGCCGGUGGCCUGUUGGGGAAUGUCCGCGUGAAGAAGGGGGAUGUGGUGGCGGUUUUUGCCCCGAAUGAUAUGGAUUAUUCGGUCGCUGUUUUUGGGACGAUUAGGGCUGGAUGCGCUGUGACACUCAUCAACCCGUCGUACACUGCCGAUGAGGUGGCAUACCAACUCAAGGAUUCUGGGGCCGUCGCACUGAUUACAAUUGCUAGUCAUGUCCCUAUCGCGUUGGAAGCCGCAAAGAAGGUCAACAUUCCUCAGUCGCGAGUCUUCACACUCGGUGUGGAAAAGAGCUCUCAACUCAAAAGCAUUCGCGACAUCUCUACCACCGACUACAAACUGCCCUCUCAACUGCUGACCGACGAGGAAGUUCGUACCACACCCGCUUACCUUUGCUACAGUUCCGGAACAUCUGGUCGCAGCAAGGGGGUGCAAACGACGCACUAUAAUAUGGUCGCCAAUGUCGCGCAGAUCACUUCCGUUUCCUCCGACCUGGCCUACGUCAUUCCGAACGAGCACAACGCCUGGACGGGUGUGCUGCCCUUCUACCACAUCUACGGCCUGAACCUAUCUCUCCACACAGCCCUCAGCCUCCGCAUUCCCGUAGUAGUCUUUGCCAAAUUCGACCUCCUCGAAUUCCUCAGCGCCCUCCAAAAAUACAAAGUCACCAUGGCCCACAUCGUCCCCCCCAUUAUGAUUGGCCUCGCAAAACACCCCGCCGUCGCAAAAUUUGACAUCACCAGCCUCCGCUUCCUCAUGUCCGGCGCCGCCCCGCUCGACGCCGAGACCUGCGUCGCCGUCACCCACCGCCUCAAAGGCCGCACCGCCGUCCUCCAAGGCUACGGCAUGACCGAAAUGUCCCCGGUGAGCCACAUCACAGCCGACCCAAGCUGCCCGCCCGGCUCAACCGGCUCCCUCCUCCCUAACGCCCAAGCCCGCCUCGUCGACCCAGACACCAAAAAGGACGUUGCGACGGGCGAACCGGGCGAACUGUGGAUCCGCGGGCCGAUGGUCAUGAAAGGUUACCACAACAACGCUGAAGCAACAGCCGAGACGAUCGACGCAGACGGCUGGUUACACACAGGCGACAUAGCCCAAGUCGACGCCAAAGGAUUCUUCUACAUCGUCGAUCGUCUCAAAGAACUCAUCAAAUACAAAGGCUUCCAAGUCCCCCCCGCCGAACUGGAGGGUUACCUCCUCGCCCACCCCGACGUGGCCGACGCGGCAGUCAUCGGUCGCCCCUCGUUGGAAGCCGGCGAGAUCCCGCGCGCGUACAUUGUGCUGAAGGAGGGUCAUAAGGGCGUCACGGAAGCGGAUAUUGUGGGGUACAUUGAGAAGAAGGUGGCGCAGCAUAAGCGGUUGAGGGGCGGGGUGGAGUUUAUUGACGCGAUUCCGAAGGCGGCGAGUGGGAAGAUUUUGAGGAGGGUGUUGAGGGAGAUGGACAAGGAGAAGGUGGCCAGGGAGGCUGCGGCCGCGACGAAGGCUAAGCUAUGAUUGUUACCCGGCCGGCUUUCGUGGUAAUCCUUGUAGGUGCGACAUGUCCCAUUUGAUACUCCCGACGUUAGUCAGAUGGCGUAGAACGAUGGUUCCCGUUCCCACACCGCUAGUUUU